GGAUCGAGAGGCUCCUCCAGGAAGGAGCAUUGGAAGCUGCUAGGCAACUUGAAGACCACAGUGGAAGGUUUGGUGUCCACCAGCAACCCGAAUGUCUGGUCCAAGUAUGGCGGCUUGGAACGGCUUUGCAGAGACAUGCACAGCAUCCUCUACCACGGGCUCAUCCAUGACAAGGUGUGCUGCAGACAGAAGGACUACUGGCAGUUCGUGAAGGACAUUCGCCGGCUGAGCCCUGGCUCUGCUCAUCACCUGGAGAAGUUCAUCAGCCUGCAGGAGAGUGGCCAGCCCGACCCAGAGGGGGACCAGGCCAUCGCCCAGCUGUGGCUGCAGCACAGCCUGCAGUGCCACUGCCUGUCAGCUCAGCUGAGACCGCUCCUGGGGAACCACCAGUACAUCCGGAAAUUCUACGCAGACACUGCCUUCCUGCUCAGUGAUGCCCAUGUCACGGCCAUGCUGCAGUGCCUGGAGGCUGUCGAGCAGAACAACCCCAGGCUUCUGGCUCAGAUCGACACCUCCAUGCUGGCCGGCACGUCACUGCCAUCCCUGUGCGCAUCAGGUCCUUCUGCUGGGAUAAGAGACAUGUGUGACCUCAACGCUGAAGGACAGGAGAGCCAUCUGCCUGGGGCGCUGGGCUGCCUGGAUCGUUACACUGAGAGCCUGCUUACCAGGAAGAAUGACGGACCACCCCUGGUGACCAAGAGUCAGAGCCUGACUGCCCUCCCCGCGUCCCCGUACGUCCCCGCUGCAGGAUGCACACAGCAGCGCUGCUUUGGGUCCUUCUCCAGCCUCCACCAUCCAACCUCCUCUGGCCUCUCAGACAGGAGACCAGCGAGCUCCUCCAUCAGCUCCAGCUCUAGUCAGCCCCAGGAGCCCUGUCCAUCCACUCGGUCCUCCUCCUUCAGCGACAGCAGGUCCCCUCUGGAGCAGCCUGGUUCUGCCACCUGCUCCCACGUCCCCUCAUCCAAAGACCCCUUCUCUCCGGCCAACGAGAUGAGCUCCAGCACCACCAGUCAGAGCGAGGAUACUUGGACGGGGAGUCAGGAUGAUCCGCAGAGCGAUGCUAAUGAUGGGCCUGAGUACCUGGCCAUUGGGAACUUGGGGCGCCGGGGCCGGGCGUGCAGCAGCGCCAGCACCAACAGCACCAAGAGCAGCAGCUCCAAACUCUUCUCCUCCAGCAGCUCCCAGAAGCUGGACUCGGUCUCGUCCAUAGGGGAGCAGGGGGCGAGUGGAGGUGGAAGCAGGGGCCUGAGCCUGUUGCGCCGGUCCAGCUUCUCAGAGGGACAGUCAGCUCCUCAGGGCAUCCUCAAGAAGAGCCACGUGCGCUCGCACUCUGACACCAACGUGGCUUCGGGCAAGUUGCAUGGAGGCCUCAGGGAUAUCACCAUUAUAAUAGAAGAUCCAGUGGCAGAGUCCCAUGGUGAUUCAGGUGGAGGGAGAGGGCCCAUCUCUGCUUCCACCCAGAGCAGUGAGCUGAGCACACCCAGCUCCCUCUACAUGGAGUAUGACUCUGGACAGUACCUGAGUUCGGGGGAAGGGAUGUUCAGAAGACCCUCGGAAGGGCAGUCCCUCAUCAGCUACCUGUCUGAGCAGGACUUUGGCAGCUGUGCAGACCUGGAGAAGGAGAAUGCCCACUUCAGCAUCUCUGAGUCCCUGAUCGCUGCCAUUGAGCUGAUGAAAUGCAACAUGAUGAGCCGGCAGCUGGAGGAGGAGGAGGAAGACAGUGACAAGGAGAUCCAGGAGCUUAAACAAAAGAUUCGUAUCCGGCGCCAGCAGAUCCGCACCAGGCACCUGAUCCCUACCUGCCAGGAGAUGGGCUCAGACAGUCUCGUGGCGACGGACAGCGGGUCCCAGUUCAGCUCCCAUGGCUCCAUGCGGCUCUCCGACUCUGGCUCCGCAGAGGAUGUUGAAGAGUACGAAAUCCGAGAUGGUAACGAUGGAUCUAACCUGAUUCAAAUGUCCAAGAACGGCCUCUCAGUGUCAAUGGCUUCCUUGUUCUCAGAUGCGGACAUCAAGAGGAACCCAGACUCCAGCAGGAAGUCCUUCCUCUCCUCAGAGUCCAUAUCCCACUCCUUCCUCAAUUCCAACUCGGCGGAGGCUGUGGCCAUGGGCUUGCUGAAGCAGUUUGAGGGCAUGCAGCUCCCAGCUGCCUCUGAAUUGGAGUGGCUGGUCCCUGAGCAUGACGCCCCGCAGAAGCUCCUGCCCAUCCCUGACUCUCUGCCCAUCUCUCCCGACGAUGGAGAACAUGCCGACAUCUACAAGCUGAGGAUUCGGGUGCGCGGAAACCUGGAGUGGGCCCCACCACGACCACAGAUCAUCUUCAAUAUUCACCCAGCUCCAACGAGGAAGGUGGCCGUGGCCAAGCAGAAUUACCGGUGUGCAGGCUGUGGCAACCGAUGUGAUCCUGAUUACAUCAAGCGGCUGCGGUACUGCGAGUACCUGGGGAAGUAUUUCUGCCAGUGCUGCCACGAGAACACCCAGAUGGUCAUCCCCAGCCGCAUCCUGCGCAAGUGGGACUUCAGCAAAUACUACGUGAGCAACUUCUCCAAAGACCUGCUGAGCAAGAUCUGGAGUGACCCGCUCUUCAAUGUGCAGGAUAUCAAUCCUGCCCUGUACCGGAAAGUGAAGUCUCUCAACCAAGUGUGGCUGCUGCGAAUCCAGCUUUUCCACAUGAAGAACAUGUUUAAGACGUGCCGGCUAGCUAAAGACCUCCUAGACUCCUUUGAUGCGGUGCCUGGCCACUUGACAGAGGAUUUGCACCUCUACUCACUGAGUGACCUCAGUGCCACGAAGAAAGGGGACCUGGUGCCUCGCCUGACGGAGCUCCUGAAGGCAGGCAGCCUGCACGUUGAGAAAUGCGUGCUGUGCCAAGCCAAAGGCUUCAUCUGCGAGUUCUGCCAGAAUGAGGACGACAUCAUCUUCCCCUUUGAGCUCAACAAGUGCAAGACAUGUGAAGAUUGCAAAGCCUGCUACCACAAAUCCUGCUUCAAAUCCACCCACUGUCCCCGCUGCCAGCGGCUUCAAGCCCGGAGAGAGCUGCUGGCCAAGCAGAGCAUGGAGUCCUACGUCUCAGACUACGAAGACGAGCUGGAGCAGCCAGAGGCGGUGGCAGCCACAUGAGCACGUUGUGCGGAGGAGCAGAUCGUGGGAUUAUUUAUGCGCGUGGCCUUCGUCACCAGAGACUGAGCCAGGCGGACUGGAGAUGAGGAGGACCAUCAGGUGGCCUGGAGUACUGUCUCGAAGAGAUCUGUUUUCCCCUAUGCAGCAGUGCUGGGGAGGGGGCAUCUUCCGUCGUGUGGGUCUGCUGCAGGUGCUGCUCACGUUCCCCGAUGCCUUUGCUUGGGGAAAGGCGGCUGCUCCUGCCUGUCCUGCAGGCACAACAGGGGCCUUUUCCAAGCGGUCACUCAUGCUGGACCAGGCAGGGCUGAGCUGCCUCUCCCCAUGCCCUCCUCCCCUGCAGAGUCCUCCGGAGGGUUGGCAUUUUCUGCUCGUCGGCUGGAUACUGGGAAGCUCUGGCCAUGUCUGCUCCUCGGAGGAGGGAAAUCACUCUGAGCCCUCCGUUCCCAUAUCCUGCUGCUGGAGGUUGUGUGCGUGGAGGGAGAGGGUGGGGGUUUGGGGUUGGUUGUACAUUUAACAGCUCAUUUUCUCAAAUCUGGCUUGGGACACUGCCGGAGAGCAGUUGCUCUCACUCCGGGAUCAGAGCAGAGGAGGUGGCAGGUGGUGAAAAUGGCAGUUUUCUGCCUCUCCUCUGGGUGCUGUCUGUGCUGAGCUGCUUUCCCUGCCCUCCACCCCUGGCUGGGCUCCCCUGGAGCAGCCGCACAAGGGGACCGGCGCUGCUGGGCUUUCGGCGGAGGCAGAUCCCCACGGUUGGAGGAUGCAGUAAGCAAGGCUUCCAACCCUGCUUCCUCCUCAUGCUGCUCUUCUGUCCUCCCUGGGGGACGUGUUCUCCUCCAAGGGUGACAUGGGACCUCAUUCUGGUGGCACCAGGACCUGCCUUGCGUGCAGCUGCCUUCUGCCCGAGACCUGUCGGGAUGCAGGCGAAGGCUCAGCCCCUCCGGCUGCAUCCCCCAAAACUGUGUCUCGGUUUGUUGUUUUAAGUUGGGUUUUUGUUUUUUUUAAUCUGCUGGAUUUGGUUUUAUUUUUUUUUAAUGUGGUUGUUUGUAUUUUUAACUGUGUUUCCCCCCUGUCCAAGGAGGUGCUGCUUGAAAUGCCUCUUCAGGGCACAUGCGAUCUGCCUGGGACUCACCAGUAUAAAACCUCCAGGGCUGUCCUGCUCCUGGUUCCUCACCCCUGGAUGGGGCUGGCGUUUGCCACGUGUCCCUGCUCCCAGCAGAUCUCCUGCUCCCCUUGGGAUGGGGUUCCCUGAGCCAGGCAAAGCCUCGAGUCCUUCCGGCUGCGAUGCAGUGGGGUGGGCAGGCAGCCUGCUUGCACUGGGGGGGUGCCUGGGGGAGAGGGGUUUGGAACUGGGGUGCUGCAAAGGGUCAGUCCCUUGGCGAUGCAGAGCUGCCUGCCACGACCGAUGGCUCCGUGGGGUAGGACCUGGGGGUACAAGGUGAGCUCUGUGCUCUGGGGCUAAGCGGUUGGUCGAGGAGGUGCCUCUGCAUCGCAGGGGGAUGCUCUAGCCCAUGGCACAGGUGAGCAUCCAUCACCACCUGUCAUGGGUGGGAUGUGGGGGUGUUUGGAAGGACGGUGUGGCCUGUGUAUGUGCGAGAAGGGUGUUGAGGGACCGGGGAGUGAUGCACUGGCAGAAGGCAUCUAGGGGCAAUGGCUCUUGCAGCUCAUGCCCUGGCUUGAGGCUGGGAUGUGACCCCUCGUGGGCUGUCCCUGGGUGGCAGGGUUGAGGGGCAGGAGAGGUGGCCACGGGGCUUGUUUGGGGAGGGUGGCCGCAGCCUCACUGCUGAGGGCCUGGCUGCUGCAUGGCAGCAUCUCUCCCCUGCCCUGCAGCGUCCUGGCAAAGUCAGGUCUAGCCCUGGAAAGGGGGUUCAGCUCCCCACUUGGUCCCCCAUGGUUUUUGCCUCCUCCUGUCUUGCUUCUGCUUGUUUACUCCAGGGGAGCAGCUGCCCUCCUGCUCGCUCUCAGCCUCUGCAAACCCUGGGGCUGCCAGGUACUGGUCCACCUUGGUCUUGCCCCCAUGUAAGAACCAGACAGAAGACUGGAACUGGGACCUAACACCCCAAGUCAAGCCCUCUUGCUGCUGCCGGGAGCUGGCACCCCAGUCCCCUGAGCAGCACACCUCCAUCCACCCUGUUUCGUUUGAAGCACUUUAAUGUCAUGGGACUGCAGCUGAGGGGCUGCCCCCCUCCCUUUCUAGAAGCACUGAGCACCUGUAGAGAAGAGGGAAGGGAUUUGGGGGUUAUUUGUGGUUUCCACCCUCCGCCAUGGACUUUGGAAGCAGCAGGACUUGCAAACCUGGUGGAGGUCUCCAGAGCAGGGUUGUGCCCAGCACUGAUGCUGCUGCCCAGCACUGACUGCCACGAGUAACACUGGAACUGGCCAUUUGUAAGGGAAAGCGAGGGGCUGCCCUGGGUGUCAGCUGGAGCCCUCUCCAUGGGACUGUUGCACACUGUAGCAAUGAAAAUGCCGUCCCUAAUAAACUAAGUUAAUGAA